AAAACCGGUGACUAGACUUGGCGCACCGAGCCAGGAAACAGAGGUGACUCCAAGUCGUCCAAGGUGAAUCGUCCAUCGUGAGACUGGGCCGGAUUGGUCCGAGCUAGGUGCAGAACGGCACGCUGUUGGCAUCCAUCCGAUUGGAACUCAACGGUCCGAUCCGACCUGGAGAGCAACUCCGAAGAACUUGUUCCUCCCGAGUCCUUCCCUGCGCCGCUCCAAUUACCACUCUGAUCGAAUUCAAACCCCGAUUGCCACUGCAAUCGCAAACCCCUGGCGCCCUUUUAAUCUCCCCAGGAACCACCUGCCAUGAAACCCACCAAGCUCGAUCAACCAACUCAUCAACCAAGCCUCGCAUCGCAAACCCGCCAGCAGCUCCAAGAACCUCGACCAUGGCGGCGAGAAGAAGCUCGCCGCUCCUCGUGCUCCUGGCGACCCUCCUCCUGGCCGUCUCCUUCGCCCCGCCACGCGCAUCCGCGGCGGAGAUCAAGACGAGCCCGACGGAGCACGGCCUCCGCCUGCCGCUCCCUGACGGCGUCACAGGCGCCGAGAGCCUCGCGUUCGACCCGCGUGGCCAGGGUCCCUACGCCGGCGUCUCUGACGGCCGCGUCCUCCGGUGGGGCGGCAGCGCCGUUGGCUGGACAACGUUCGCGCACCAUGCCGAUUAUCGGAGGAUCCCUCUGUGCACUGUCCCCGUGGCGCCGUCGCAGGAGACGGAGAGCAUCUGCGGCCGUCCGUUGGGCCUUGCGUUUCAUCGCAAGUCCGGCGAUCUCUACAUUGCUGACGCCUACAAGGGCCUCUUGAGGGUCGGGUCGGAUGGCGGGGAGGCCGAGGUGCUCGCCACCGGCGUCGAUGGCGUCCCGUUCCACUUUGUGAACGGCAUCGACGUCGAUCAGGCCACCGGUGACGUCUACUUCACCGACAGCAGCGUCACUUAUUCCCGAAGGUUCAACACGGAGAUUAUGAUGAACGCCGAUGCGACGGGGAGGCUCUUGAAAUACGAGGCACGAACGAAGCAAGUCACGGUGCUCAAGGACGGGCUGCCGUACCCUAACGGCGUGGCCGUCAGCCAUGACUGGACGUACGUGGUGGUGGCGCACACGGUGCCGUGCCAGGCGCUGAGGUACUACCUGCGGGGGCCCAAGGCGGGGCAGUACGAGCUGAUGGCCGACCUGCCGGGGUACCCGGACAACGUGCGACGGGACAGCAAGGGCGGCUUCUGGGUGGCGCUCAACCAGGAAAGAGCGAGGCCGGACGCGGCGGCGGCCCCGGCGGUGACGAAGCAUCUUGUCGGCGUGAGGCUCGACGGAGACGGUGCGCAGCUCGAGGAGCUCACGGCGGCCAAGGGCGUCACGCUUAGUGAGGUCACCCAGAGGAGCAACAGGCUCUGGCUUGGAUCCGUUGAGCUUGACUAUAUCGGCGUAGUUUAAUAUAGUACGUACGUCUAUAUGUCUUAGGAAAACUUGUUCUAGCGUGAUCGAUUCAUAGCUAAUUGGUAAAUUUAUUACUCCCUCCGUCUAGACAUAA